ACGAAAUUGCUUUUAACCAAUCUUAUCUAAUUCAAACCAAAAGCCUUCUUUUAUCUAAGGAAUGAUAUUAUCUAUUCCAGUUAUCAAACUUCAGAAAUUCAGUUCAAGUAAUUUCGCCAACAACAGGACAAACCAAUAACAGAAGUUCAGCUAGUGGAAUUACAAUUUUUUCUUGAAAACUGUUGGAUUAACUUAUUAGGUAUGAGCAACUUUCUUGAAAUAGAAACCAUCAUGCAAAGACUCAGUGAUCGACUAGAUGCAGAAGAAAUUAAUAUUUUACAACAAUUGAAAAUUCAGUUGUUACGAGUUCUUGAUGAGUACCUAUCCAGAACUAAAGAAAGGGGAAAAGACAAAAAAUUGUUACAAGAAUCUAAAAGAAUUGAACACAUAAUAGACGCAGUGAAAAGAAAAUUGGAGAAUCAGCCAACACGAGCAAACACGAGCUUCUACACCAUUUCAAAUUAUCAGGAUGCGGAUCGAAUAAAACAGGAUUUGAUUAAAACCGCAAAAAAAAUUAACCAUGGAAAAGUUGAUGUAACAGCGUAUGAAACCAUCUUAAACAAUUUUUUGUGUGGGCUAGAAUCAAUAAAUAAGAGCCAAUGGGCCGACAUAAUGAAGGACCUUUACUUUGGAUUUAUUAUUCUACAAUUAUUUCUACACUCUCCUCCCAAAUUGUCUGCAAACGUUUUAAACGAAACUUUAUUUCAUCUGAAUGAAGCUAUCGGAAAUUUUGAAAAACUCAACAUUCAAAACGUGGAUUCUUCAGAAAAGGAGAAUUUGAAAAAAGAAGUUGACAAAUUUAUAACAUCCUUGCGGUCCCUACAAAAUUCGACUACCAAGAAACUUGAUGAAGUAAAAACAAAAAUUGCCUCAGUUGACCCUAAUGUUCAACUAGACGAAAUCAAUUAUGAUUUGGGUAAAUGUAUCACGGAUCUAGAAAACGUACGCCUGCCUGUGGACAACCGUUUCAUAAAACUACUAGCAGAUACGAUAUCAAAAAUAAAGAAGCGACUCCAGUCGAUCGGUGCAGAGGACAGCGUAAUACAAAAGAAAAAAAUGGACAUGAAUACUCAUGUAAACUACGCUGAUGAACAAUUAGAACUCGUCAAAGACUUUAACGAAGUUUUGAAUAUCAAAGAAGCCGAAAUUUUAGAAAUCGUUAGCCAACACGCAGACUUUCGUCAAAAAAAAAUUAAAUUAGAACAACUAAAGGAAAACGUACAGAAAAUAGAUCAAUCAAAUAAAGCGAUAGUUACACGACAAAAUGAAAUUAUUAACAAAAUAUCAGGUUUUAUUAUUGCAGAAACCGCAGUUUACUUAAGACAGAAAAUUAGAGUGAUAGAAGACUAUCGCAGUUAUGCUCAACAGUUUGCUUUUCGAAAAGAUACUGCGAAGUAUACAACAAAAACAGAAGAAAUAAAAGGAAUGAACAGCUGCUUAGAAUAUAUUUCUGAAGACAACACUUUUUUCGUAGAAAGAAAAACCGUUAUCCAGAAACGAAUCGAUGAAGUGGUUGAUAUUUUAACAAAAAAAGCUGAAGAGAAUAAACGAAGUAUAUCAGAAUUUGAGAAACUAAAAGAAAUUCAAGGAACAAUAAAUAACAAACCUAAACAGGAAGAAACGACGCUACUUGUAUUUAAUGAUUACAGAGACAAUAUUGAAACCAUUAGAAGUUUUCACUUUAGAAUUGUCGCAAAAAAAAUGGAAGUUCUGCGCAGUUUGCACAGUUAUGAGAAGAAAUUUUAUGAAAAAUAUGUUAAGGAACUUUUGCCUUCAGUAGACAUACUUCUCGAAAAAUACGAAAAAUUAACAGAGCAACUGUGUGGUUUAAAUCCCGACCAAAAUUUUCAAGAGGAACGACAAUUAAUUGAAACACAGUGGAAUGAAGUACAAAGAGUCAUAAGUGAAACUCCACCCGAAAAUUCGGGAACAUUGACAAUAGUUUUCGAUAAGUUUAAAGAACAAAUUUCCGAAAUUUUAAUCAAAAUCGAAGGCUUAAACGAAAAUAUUAAAAAAGUGAAAUCUUCUAAAAGCAAAUUGAAUGAUCUAUCCCAAGAGAAUCUUACAGAUUCAGCGAAAACGGAGGCUCUGAGAGAAUUUGAGGAAGCUGUACUUUCCUUUGAAGAAAAGUAUACAAGCGGCGGCUUGUUAAAAUUUCUACCCGACGUUAAGAAAGAAAUUCUAAUUGAAAAAUCAAAAGAAACAUUAAACUACAUCAUCAACAAUCGUAUUAAAUCGCUUAAAGAAGACUUGACCCUUGCAAAUAUUGCCGAAUUAUUUAUUGUUAAAGAAAAUAUUGAAGAUAUACCCAUACCCGGAGAAAUACAAGAAUUGAAUGCUCUAAAAGAACUAGCUCUAGAUGAAGUUAAAAACAUGAUGGGCUGUUUAGACAAACGACUAUCAGUUUUUGCGUUCAAGAAGAUACCGUACGAGAAUGUCUUAAAUGUUGAUAGUUAUUUCACUAAUUUCAAGUUUGAAAACACUCAGAACAAAGAAAGUGUAGAAUAUGUUCAACAAAUUCAUUCGCAUGCUGAAACUUUUGAAAAUGAUAUAAAAUGUUAUUUGGGAACAAGAGACUCUGUUGAUUAUUACAUAAUCCACGAAAACCUUAUGCGUCUGUUGGAAGAACUCGACCAGCUUGAAUGCGAAGAUGAUGAGUUAUUAAAGGAAAUGAUCACAACCAUGGAGUACAUUCAAGACUUAAAAAGAAAUUUACUCGCUAAUGCUUCUUCUUCAGAUUAGAUAUGAAAUUUGGCACUUGAAGAAAAUGCUUCAAUAUUUGUUAUAUGUACCUGAAUAAAUAUACAAGAGAAUAUGUGAAUAA